CGGAUCUCCUGCUCGUGUUUUCGUGGGCAGCAGAGUUUUGAGUCGCGGGUGGAGAAAGUGACGCGGAUCGUCAUUUUCACUCUGAGCCGAUCAGUCGGUGUCGGAUCGAUCGGAUCGAUGAAUUAGCUCGAGAGCAGCAGCUGUGGAGUUUAAACGAAACCACGUUGUUGUUCCAUGUGUUCGGAAGAUUGGAGGACCCUGAACGCCUCCUCAGAUCAAUACUGAACACGAUUGAUCGCAAUCGGUUCGUUUGACACCACACGUGACCUCACAGUACCGCGACAUGGAGCGUGUGUGUGUGUGGUUUGUGUGUGUGUGCGUGCCGAUGACCACGCACGUCACAGCUCUUGGUGGAUUCGACGGCAGUGGUCAUGCGCACCUGGUUUCCAACGGUAACACAGCCUCAGAUCUGUGUGCGAUAGAUCCGCUGCUGUGUCACGAUGAAAACGCUCUCCUGAGCUUCGAGUCCAUCUGCAGCGUCCACAAACUGAUGGACGAGGACGCGGACGGGACGGUGGACAUGACGGAGACGGACGAGUUUCUCAGGGAGGACCUGAAGUCUCACGACCCCAAAUCCAAACACAGCAGCUUCCACGGCGCAGACCUGCACAUCAGCGUGGAGGACAUGUGGGACGCCUGGAAGAGCUCUGCAGUGUAUAACUGGACGGUGCAGCAGGUGGAGGACUGGCUGCUCGUCAGUGUGGAGCUUCCUCAGUACACAGAAAACUUCCGGAAACUCCAGCUGGACGGGAAAGCUUUACCCAGGUUGGCAGUGAAGAACACCACCCUCACUGUGCUGCUGCUGAAGAUCUUGGACAGAAGUCAUGGUCAGAAGCUGCAGCUCAAAGCUCUGGACAUCGUUCUGUUUGGUCCACCUCCAGGGCGUCAGAACCGGUGGAAGGACCUGGUUCUGGGCGUGUCCGUCGCCAUGGCGCUGUGCGGCUGCUGUUUUGCGUACGUGCAGACGCGCAGGUCCAGAGACGACCUGGGGAAGCUGAUGAAGGACCUGGAGGGUUUACAGCGAGCUGAGCAGAGUCUGCUGCACAUGCAGGAGAAGCUGCAGCAGGCUCAGGAGCAGCAGCAUUGUGUUCAGGUGGAGAAGGUGAAGGUUGAGCAGGAGCUGAGGAGAGAAAUCAACUCUGCCAAACAGGAAGCACAGCGCCUCCAACAGCUCAGAGUGGGAACUGAAAAUAAGUGGAGCCGCCAGAAGUAUGCAGAGGAGGAGCUGGAGCAGGUGCGGUCAGCUCUCAGACAGGCAGAGCAGGAGUUGGAGAGUCGUCCUCUCUGGUUUCCUCCAGAUUCUCUGCAGAAAUGGCUGCAACUGACGCACGAGAUCGAAGUCCAGUAUUAUAACAUCAAGAGACAGAGCGCUGAGAGACAACUGCUGCAGGCCAGAGACGGGGCAGAGAAGAUAAAGAAGAAGAGAAGUUCUCUGUUUGGAACGUUCCACGUGGCUCACAGUUCGUCUCUGGAUGACGUCGACCAUAAAAUCCUGUCAGCCAAACAGGCGCUGGCUGAGGUGACGGCAGCGUUGAGGGAGAAGCUCCACCGCUGGCAGCAGAUCGAGUCCAUGACAGGUUUCUGUUUGGUCCAUAAUCCGGGUCUGGGAGCUCUGGCCGCUGCACUCAACCUGGACCCGUCCAUGCUCGGCCUGCGACCUCCGACCCCUCAGCACCUCAUCCUCUCUGAUGACCUGGACGACAUGGACGAGGACAUCCUGUCCCCUGGGACGCUGCAGUACGCAGCGUGGCAGAUGGACCGGCGAGUGAGCGACCUCUGGCCCCUGAGUGGCAUCGCAGACACACAGUCGCCAUGGAAACACUCUGCUCAGAGUCUGACGCCCCUGCGGCAGAGGCGAGGAGACCCCGGUCUGAUGUUCAGCUCUCAGAGGGACAUUAUGAGCCGCUCUGACUCUGACUCCUCCCUCGCUCUUUCUCCUGGCGAAUUACGAGGUCCGCACACUCCAAAGCCCUUCCUCAUGUCAUCCAGGUUCCACCCCCUUCACGGCCCUGGCUCUGGGUUUGGAGGAGGAGAAGGAGGAGGAGGAGGAGGAGGAGGAGGAGGAGGUCUGGAGAAGAGCUCCAGCCUCGGGGAGCUGAGGGGAAGUCCCACCUCCGUCCUCGCCUCGUCCAGCUCCACCCGCUCCCUCUGCAUCGCGUCUGACGCCGCCAACAGUCUGGCGUCCUCGUCCUCCGCCUCGUCCACUUCAUCGGGAGGUCGCGGGACGUCAAGGAGGAGCCCGGCGGAGGAGGACGGCGGCGAGGAGAGCGAGUCGUCCAGCUCCAGGAGGAGACACGCUUUUGAUAAGAUCUUCAAGAAGAAGCAGGGGCGUCACUGACAAAAACACCUCACUCUGCUUUUACAGGUUUCAGGUCCACGACAGACGUCCCUCACAUGAAGAGGGACGGGUUAAAGACAAGGGACGUUUGAUGGAUUUAAAAUGAUUGACUUUGGGGGAAAGAAUUCUGUUUUCUAACUUUUUCCAUUCAUGAAACAAGUGGGUGUGGUUUGACACAGCUUUGGUUAUUGUCUGAACACGGACAGUUGAGGUUUUUAUUUUUUGACGUGUUGUUGAGCAUCAAGAAUCAGCCUGACACAUUUUAGCCACUGAGCAAAAGACUCUCCCUCACCAAAUGCUGCUGGUCUACUGCUGCCUCGUGUGGUCACUUUGUGUCACUGAGGUCAAUCUAAACUAAGGAGUUCAAAUUUCUGAAGUGACAAAAUAAGACAUUUGAACUUAGUGAUGGAGGCAGCAGUGGAUCAACAACUCCUGUGUGCUGUCAUGUUAAAAUCACUGAUUUUCUCUGUGGACUUUGGUGUGGGAGAGUGAGCGGUUUACGAACUUCAGUUUCCUGUUGGAAAAGUGCGUCUAACAGUGAGAUAAAGACAUCGCAGACUUGUGUUGAUGUUGAUUUUAUCAAAUAAAAAAGGCUCAAGUAACUGUAAACUGAAGUUAGUAAACCACUCACUCUCCCACACCAAAGCCCAUAGAGAAAAUCAGUGAUUUUAACAUCACAGCUCACAGGAGUUGUUGAUCCACUGCUGCCUCCAUCACUCAGUUCAAAUGUCUUAUUUUGUCAUUUCGCCUUUUAAAAAUCUUCAGUCUCAUUUACCUCAGUGACACAAAGUGACCACACGAGGCAGCAGUAGACCAGCAGCUCCUGUGUCCCCGUGAGCUAAAAUCACUGAUUUUCUCUGUGGGCUUUGGUGUGGGAGAGUGAGUGGUUUACAAACUUCAGUUUCCUGUUGGAAAAGUCUGUCUAACAGUGAGAUAAAGAUGUGAACAUGUUCUUAAAGACAUCGGAGACUUAAACUGACGGAGAUGUGAUGACACAAGUGUAUUUUGAAGGGGAUUAAAUGUGUUAAAUAGCCUAGUUCUUAACAGCAGGGGGCGCUCACAGCAAUCAGCUCUGACUGUGUGUCAGUGACUCAGAGCCAGUUUUUGAAAAACCUGAACUGUCCUUUUAUUGUUUUAUGCCAAUUUUAUAACAGGCACAAUUAUUAUUAGUGUUAUUAUUAUUAUUGUGGUUAUUAAUAUUAUUAUAGUAAUUAUUAUUAUUAUUAUUUUGUUACGUGAUUAAAGUGUGAAGUUGAAAAUGAAGAUGAGUCUCUGCUUUUAUCAGGAGAUACACAAAAAGGAAAAACGGUGAUUUUGUCACUUGACGUUUGUUGUUGUUGUUGUUGUUGUUGUUGUUGUUGUGUGUCAGUGGGUAAAAUAAUAAAGUGAGUCCAGGGAGUUUUCACGGACAUGAACUUCAA